AUGCGUAGUUUUCUAAUUAUUUCCCUCAUAUUUCCCCAUCUUUUCUUUAUUUUUUCCAUUUGUCUUUCUUUAUUCUUUCUUUAUUCUUUUCUUUCUUUCUUUCUUUCUUUCUUUCUUUCUUUCUUCAGAAUCUUUUUUCCUUCAAACUUAUUAUUCUUUCUUUAUUUUUAUUUGCGUCUAAUGCUUUGUUUUCUAUUUAUUACUCUGAUUUUCCCCGCCUUUCUUUUUCUUUCUCUUUCUUUCUUUCUUUCUUUCUUUCUUCAGGAUCUGUUUUCCUUAAAAGGUAUCAUUCUUUUUUUUUUUUCUUUUUUUUCGGCUAAUGCUUUGUUUUCUAUUUAUUUCCAUUUUUCCCUUCUUUUAAAAUUUUUUUUUCUUUUUUUUCUUUUCUUUUUUCUUUCUUUCUUUCUUUCUUUCUUUCUUUCUUUCUUUCUUUCUUCAGAAUCUGUUUUCCUUAAAGCGUAUCAUUCCUUCUUUAUUUUUAUUUUCGUCGAAUGCUUUGUUUUCUAUUUAUGUUUCCCCCCCCUAUCUUUUCUUUCUUUCUUUCUUCAUCUUUUCUUUCUUUCUUCAUCUUUUCUUUCUUUCUUCAUCUUUUCUUUCUUUCUUCAUCUUUUUUUUCUUUCUUUAUUUUUUCUUUCUUUCUUUUAUUUUCAUGAAACUUGGGCAAAAGAUUCCAAAAGGUAA